AUGACGGAUACAAACCCAUCAAUGGGCGCCAUCGUCCACUGCGAUGCUCUCGUAGUCGGAGCCGGAUUCAGCGGCAUAUCCAUGCUAUACCGUCUCCGCAAGGCAGGUUUCAAUGCCAAGGUGUUUGAGUCUGGAGGCGACUUUGGCGGGGUCUGGUACUGGAACCGUUACCCCGGAGCCCGCGUGGACUCCGAGUGGCCCUACUAUCAAUUGAAUAUCCCUGAAGUCUGGCGCGACUGGGAGUUCAGCGAGAAGUUCCCCGGUCACAAGGAGAUCCGGGCGUACUGCGCGCAUAUCGACAAGGUACUCAACCUCCGCAAGGACGUGCAAUUCAAUGCGCACGUGGUCGAUGCUCGAUGGAAUCCGAGCGACGAGAAGUGGACGGUCAAGACCGAACAGGGCCACAUUGCACAGAGCAAGUACUUGAUUCUGUGCACAGGCUUGCUGCACCGGAGACAUAUCCCGGACUUCCCUGGCUUGACGGACUACAAGGGGGUCCUGCACCACACCGGCUUCUGGCCAGAAGACAUGAGCGUGAAGGGAAAGAAAGUGGGCCUUAUUGGAGCCGGCGCCACCGCUGUGCAAGUCGUGCAAGAAUUGGCCAAGGAAGCCGACCAGCUCACCGUCUUCAUGCGACGGCCGAGUCUGUGCUUGCCCAUGGGCCAACGCCCGCUCAGCCCCGCAGAGCAAAAGGGCUGGAAAUCCUAUUUCCAGGCUCUGUUCCGCGAAGGCCGUAAGUCGAGGGCUGGGUUUCCCGGCUCAACCGAGCCAUGCGGUGUGCUUGAUGUAUCUGACGAGGAACGCGAGCGGCACUUUGAAGAGAUUUGGGAGAGAGGCGGCUUCAACUUCCUCAUGACGAACUACAACGACGUCGUGCUGAGCAAAGAAGCUAACCAGAAAGUGUAUGACUUCUGGGCGAAGAAGAUGAGGCAGAGGAUCAAGGACCCGAGGAAGCAAGAGCUGAUGGUCCCGGUCAAGGCACCUUAUCACUUCGGCACCAAGAGAAGCCCUCUGGAGCAGGACUACUACGAGAUGCUCGAUCGCCCGAAUGUCGACAUCAUCAACAUGAAUGAGAACCCUCUCAAAACGUUCAAUGCCACCGGCGUGCUGAUGGAGGACGGUACGCAGCAUGAUUUCGACGUCAUGGUUCUUGCGACGGGAUUCGACUCCUUUUCUGGAUCGUUGACACAGAUGGGAUUGAAAAACAAGGACGGCGUCGAUAUCAAAGAUGUCUGGAAAGACGGCAUUCGCACCUACCUGGGGAUGACCAUCAACGGCUUCCCCAACCUGUUUAUGGUUUACACACCUCACGCUCCGACCGCGUUGUCCAACGGGCCCACCAUCAUCGAAGCACAGAGCGACUUCAUCCUGUCGGCAAUCGAGAAGCUGGAGAAGGAAGGCGCUGGGACGAUCGAGCCAAACCGCGACGCCGAGGACUCGUGGGACAGCAUGAUCGACGCCAUGAACCAGCACACGCUCUUCCCACUCACCAACAGCUGGUGGAACGGGGCCAACAUUCCCGGCAAGAAGGUCCAGAUCCUGACCCACCCGGGCGGCAUCCAGAUGUACGAGGAACAGUGCCGCGACACCCUUCCCGACUGGAAGGGCUUCACGGUCGUGCACCACCACAAGGAUGAGAGGGAGGAGAAGAGCAACGGCGUUGUGGCGAGUGAGAAGGUCGUGCCGACGGAGAAGACGGUCGAGAUUGCGGUACCGGUCUAA